GAUAUUUGGGUACUGGGAGCUUAGAGAGAGACUGAAUGAUGGAUUUUAAUCACAUGAUUCCAUCUUCUUCGUUUGUUGCUAAAAGCCGCGGAAUUCCAAAAUUAACAAGUCCAUCAUGGACGAGAUGUCAUCAACGCAGCAUCAAAAUUUCCUUCAAUUCCGGGAUCCGAAACUAUUGGGGCCCUGCUUAUGGCCAUUCUCAUUCAGGAAGGCAGCAAACUCAUAAUUGGAAAUUUUCAGCAAAAAAGAGAAUGAAGUUUUGUGUAGUAGUGAAAUUGAGUGAGGAGCAAGUGAAAAUUUCAAAAGAAAAAGGUAGUAUUGCAGGUGCAGUUGCUCUCAUCAUUGGAACAAGUAUUGGUUCUGGGAUUCUUGCUCUUCCCAAGAAAACUUCCGCUGCGGGACUACUUCCGAGUUCAAUAUCAUUGACAGUUUGUUGGUCUUUUCUAUUAAUUGAAGCUUUGUUAUUAGUUGAAAUUAAUGUGGGGUUACUGAGAAAGAAGAAAAUGAGAGUCGACCAGGAUGAAUUAGAGGUAAUAUCCAUAAGAACCAUGGCUCAAGAGACACUAGGAGAGUGGGGUGGAGCUCUAGCAACGGGGACCUAUAUAUUCUUAGGUUACACUUCUAUGAUCGCGUAUAGUUCCAAGUCUGGGGAGAUCCUUUAUCAUUUAAUCAAUCUUCCCGAAUCAGUUUCUGGAGUUUUCUUCACGGCCCUUUUCUCGAUUUUGAUAGCUGUUGGAGGUACACGCGCUACUGAUCAAGUUAACCGAUGGCUAACGACAUCCAUGAUAGGUUUGCUGAUAUCAAUUGAGGUUCUAGCUAUUGUGUUGGGAGGAUGGCCAGGCACCGAGACAAGUGGUGACUGGGAAAAGGUCCCAGCAACUAUUCCAGUAAUGAUAUUUUCUUUGGUUUAUCAUGAUCUUGCGCCUGUUCUAUGUGCUUAUCUGGGAGGCGAUCUUAGGCGAGUAAGGACUUCAGUUUUGCUUGGAAGUGUUGUGCCAUUGGUAGCAUUGCUUGUUUGGAACGCAAUAGCACUUGGACUCUCAAGCCAGGCAAAUGAAGUUGCUGAUCCUGUGGAAUUGCUUAUGAGUGUGAGGUGGAGUGGACUUUCUUUCAUGGUAGAGGCCUUUUCACUUCUGGCUGUUGGGACUUCUCUAAUUGGCACUAUAUUGGGUUUCUCCGAGUUCUUCAAGGAGCAACUUAAUAAUUUGUUCUUGCUUCCCCCCUCAACACAACUAUUAGAGCAUAAAUCGAAUUCGCUAUAUUAUUGGUGGAGAAGAAAUAAGACAAACUUAACAGCAACAGCUAUGGUCAUUGUUCCAUCUCUUCUUGUAUCAACAACAGUACCAGAUGCAUUUUCAGCAGCUACAGAUAUUGCUGGAGGCUAUUGUAUGACAAUGCUAUAUGGGGUUCUUCCCCCGGCCAUGGCGUGGGCAAUGAACAAGAAAAAUGUCCAGGGCGCCGACCCAACAGCAAUAUCAAGAGCAGAACCUGCACUUGUUGGCGUAGGAUUAUUUGCUUGUGGGAUCGUGGUGGAGCAAAUUCUUCAAGAUCUCUCAAUGCUGCAUUCCUGAGGAAGAAACCAAUGUCAAAUCCCCACAAUAUCAUAUCAAUACAUGUAGUCGACUCCCAAGUAUGUAGGAAGAGGUUUAGUUUGUUGGUUUCAUUUUGAUUGAUAGAUCAAUAUGCAUUGGAGGAUUGGUUCAGUGGACUCACCGUGUAAAUGGGCGGCCAAGAAUGUUGGUCUUGAAGAGGAGUGAAAUAUAAUGAUCUAAUUAUACCCCACGUUAAUUGUGGAAUGCCUGACUUGUGGUUUACUCUAGGCACCUUCCUCUUACAAGUUGAUUUUAAAGGUGAAUUCUACCUAAUUAGCUGCUAACAGCGCAAACUGAGACCAUUCUCCUA